UGGCUUUUUUAGCUCGUUGUCAAAAUGUAGACAUUUGAAAACUCUAAUUCUCUCAAAGAAUCCAUUGCACAUGAAACUUCCCAACUCCAUUGGAAACUUAUCUGAUUCUUUACAGAUGCUGAUGAUCGACUUAUGCGGGAUUAAUGGUAACAUACCAUCAGAAAUUGGGUAUCUGUCCAACUUGUUUAAGAUAUCUUUUGCUGGAAAUGUUUUAAAUGGAUCAAUUCCAACAACAAUUAGCAACUUACAGGCUCUUCAGCAUUUGAAUCUUGCGGGUAAUGAGUUAGAUGGUUUCAUUGUAGAUGAGCUUUGUGAUAUUAGAAGGCUUGCAUAUUUAUAUCUAUCUCGAAACAAGCUUUCUGGAGCAAUGCCCCCUUGCUUAGGAAACCUUAUAUCCCUACAAGGACUUUACUUGGGCGGCAAUAAGUUGAGUUCCGAGAUACCUUCUUCCUUUUGGAACUUGACGGGUGUAUUGGAAGUAAACCUAUCUUCCAACAUGUUAGUUGGAAAUCUUUCAUUCAAGAUUAGGAACAUGAAAGCUCUCAUUCGAUUAGACUUGUCAAGAAAUAACAUUUCAGGCACCAUUCCAUCAACCAUAGGCAGCUUGCAGAAUUUGCAAAAUGUCUCCUUAGCAAAUAACAUAUUGCAAGGGACGAUUCCAGAAUCACUUGGGAAUUUGCUGAGCUUAGUAAAGCUAGACCUUUCCCAAAAUAAUUUGUCUGGUGAGAUUCCUAAAUCACUAGAGCCACUUACAUCCCUUAAGUAUGUUAAUCUCUCUUAUAACAGACUACAAGGUGAGAUUCCUAGUGGUGGGGUCUUCAACGAUUUGACGGCUGAAUCUUUCAUGAUGAAUAAAGCACUUUGUGGUGAGCCAAAAAUGCAAGUUCCUCCAUGCAGAAAAGAACAAAGAAAGAGGUCAAAGGCAAAAUGGAUUUUGUUGAAAUACAUACUACCCCUGGUUUUGUCAGCAAUUUUAGUCCUUUCAGGCAUUGUCCUCUUUCAGCGUAAACGAAUGAAUUCUAGGCAUACCAUAAUGAAACAAGAUUUAUCAACUUUAGGAAUGCCAAGAAGGAUUUCGUAUUUUGAAAUUUUGGAUGCAACCAACAGAUUUGAUGAGAGUAACUUAUUAGGAAGUGGAAGUUUUGGUUCUGUAUUCAAAGGAAGGCUUUCAAAUGGAAUAAUAGUUGCUUUUAAAAUAUUCAAUUUUGAUUCAGAAGCUAUGUCAAAGAGCUUUGAAGUGGAAUGUGACACACUGCGUAAUGUGCGUCACCGCAAUUUGGUGAAGAUCAUUAGUAGUUGUUCCAGUGAUGACUUCAAGUGUUUGAUAAUGGAGUUCAUUCCCAAUGGGAGCCUUGAAAAAUGGUUAUAUUCUCAUAACUAUUGUUUGGAUUUUCUGCAACGGUUAAAUAUAAUGAUAAACAUCGCAUCUGCUUUGGAAUAUAUCCAUCACGGCUUGUCAACACCGAUAGUCCACUGUGAUUUGAAACCAAGCAAUAUUUUGUUGGAUGAUGACAUGGUUGCUCAUGUUAGUGACUUUGGAAUUGCAAAAUUUUUAGAUGAAGGGAAAUCUAAGACACUCACAGAGACAAUACCUACAAUUGGUUAUGUUGCCCCCGAAUAUGGGUCUCUUGGAAUUGUUUCAACAAAAGUUGAUGUGUACAGCUUCGGAAUAAUAUUAAUAGAAGUAUUCACAAGAAAGAGGCCAACAGAAGAUAUGUUUGUGGGUGGAUUGGACUUGAAGAGCUGGGUAAGUGAAUCAAUGUCUCAUUCACUAACUCAAGUCAUAGAUUCCAAUUUAUUACAAGACGAUGAUGAACAAUAUAUUGCUAAUAUUUUGACAACUGCAUCCACUAUUCUUGAGUUGGCCCUGAACUGUUGUGCCAAUUUUUCACAAAGGCGUUGCAAUAUGUCAGAGGUUGUGGUAUCAUUAAACAAGAUCAAGGACAUGUUUAUUCAAACAUGUUAUUUAAAGAAAUAUUGAACCUAUUUGUAAUUAGUUUGUGUUAUUGUCUAUCUCUCAUAUUUAGAAAAUGUUGGAUGCAAUACCCAGUGAGAAAUUAAUGAAGAUACACUGAAGACAAAUAUAUGGGCUGUAAAUUUAAUUUAUUGUUUUCGAGGAUGAGCUAUAAUAUAUGGAUUAUGAGCAUUUUGAUCAA